AUGCAAAAUUAUAUUCGAACUGUUAUUUUACUAUGCUCUUAUGGAGUGCUUAAAGAAUUUCGACCCACUGAACCAUACAUGUAUGAAUAUGAGCAUGUGAAUUUGAAUAUUUCCGAGCACACGUUGAAUCAUCAGGUGUACCCUAUUUGGACUUACAGUUACCUGGCUGCGCUAAUUCCAGCAUUUCUAUUAACCGAUGUCCUUCUUUAUAAGUCUCUCAUCGUUUUUGAGGCAUUUUCCUACACCCUGGUCUGGAUUUUGUUUGUUUUCGGUAGAAGUGUGCUGUGUAUGCAGCUUCUUGAGCUUUUCUAUGGCUGGGCAACUGCUACCGAAAUUGCAUAUUUCGCCUACAUUUAUGUCAAAGUUCCCAAAGAAAAUUUCAAAUCAGCGACAGCUUUCACCCGAGCCGCACUUCUUCUCGGCAGAUUCGCCGCCUACGCGUUAGCUCAACUAUUGAUCGGCUUGAAAUGGGGCGACUAUAUGACGCUUCACAUUAUUUCAUUGGUGUCCAUGUGUUUGGCAAUCAUCAACUCUUUGAUUCUUCCAAAUGUUAGCUGGAGAUCGGCGUUUGCGAGGAAACUUGAUGAACAAGGCCUCACAAAUAUUCCUGAGCUAAUGAAGAUUGCGAGAUACAAAGAUUUUGUGAAAAUGUAUUUCAGCAACAUUCAUCGCGAUUUGUAUUUAAUUUACACCGAUCAGUUUAUUUUGAAGUGGUCCGCUUGGUGGGCAUUGGCGAAUUGCAUUUUUCUACAGGUGACAAAUUACACGCAGACGUUAUGGGGAACACUGUCGGAAGAGGAUAAUCGGUUCAACGGAAUUACUGAAGCAUUGGUGCCCCUAUUUGGAAUUCCGGCCGACCUUCUAACACAGAGAAUCAAUUUGAAUUGGACCCGAUAUGGCGAACUAGUGCUGGCAGUUGGUUCGAUUGUCCAGGCCGCGUUUCUUUUAUGGAUGUCGCAAACGCAUAGCAUCUACAUUAUGUAUUUCUGUUAUAUAUUAUACAGGAUUAUUUAUCAAGCAACGAUGACAAUUGCACAAUGUAAUUUGGCGACAAGACUUCAAUGUGAAUCCUACGGGCUACUAUUUGGUAUCAAUACGUUUAUUGCUUUGAGCUUUCAAACGGUUCUAACUGUUCUCAUAAUAAAUGUCGCCAAUCUCUCAAUAAGGCCGCAGUUUCUCGUCUAUUCGUUCUAUCACAUCGCUGUCGCCGUCAUUUUCUUUCUAACCUUCUCAAUAAUCGUCAUUCGAAAAAUUCGAAAUUACUAUUGUCAACGGAUUUGA